GCUGUUUAUAGGAAACUAAGCAAGACGGGGACACCGGUAAUUUACACCUUUACACCCUCACGACCUUAUUUUCACCGAGCUCUUCAGUCUUUCAGUAGACUUCCCUUGAGCUUCACAGCAAAUCUCACAAGAACUGGUGUGUGCUGCUCUGUACAAAUGAUGACAGAUAUGAAAUGACGGUCCACCGUGCAGCAGAUUCCUUAAAAAUCGUAUUUUCGGAACAAAGACAUAAAAGCUGACUCACUGGGAACAGUGCAGCGGCUUUUUCUACUGAUUGUUUUUAUAUAUUUUUAAAAAUGAACACUCUAAAGACAACACAGCAUUUAAUCACCUGUUGACUGUGGUAAAUGCAAAGAAUAACAAAAGAAGCACAUAGAAUAGAGAGAAAGACAUCUGAUUAUAGUUCAAUGUGUCAUCGGUUGAUUAGCUAGAAGAUUCUGAAGGCAUCUUGGCGAUUGGUGGAGCAGCAAUGAGCGAAAACAUAGAUUCGGUGUCAGGACCUACAGACACUCCUGUGAACCUCGAUAUAAGGGACAGCGAAGGGUUCACAUUGCUGAUGAGAGCUUCACAACCUUCAGCUGAAGGUGAAUGUGUGAACUCUAACGGCGACACUCUAAGUGUUAUUAACCACUUACUGGACAGUGGGGUCGACACUGAAGCCCGUUCUCCUGAUGGGCUGACCGCCUUUGAAAUGGCUGUCCAGUGUAACUACUGGCCUGCAAUACUAGCGCUUCUUCCUCGAUGUGAGGUGAAGAUCGGUGAUAAUGUUUUAUUGGAGGGACAACUAUAUCUUCAUGAGCUGGCUAAACAAAAAGAUAUUUGUGAAGAGAAACUAAGGUCGUUCACAAAAACGUUACUUGCACAUGGCCUGAACAUCAACGAGCUUGACAGUCAUGGUCAUUCACCUUUGAUCCUUGCAGCCAAACAUAAAAACUGGAAUUAUGUUGUUGUGCUGCUACAGCAUGGCGCAGAAGCAAAUGUAAAUGUCAACAGCCAAAAUCUUUUACAUCUUAUUAUUGCUAACCAAAGAGAAAUUCCUCACUCAAUGUUGACAGCUUUACUGGAUGCAAUGCAGGCUCGGGGAGUCGACUUUAACAGACAGGAUUAUGAAGGAAGGCCAAUCUUGUUCAAAUACGAAGUGUAUUCUUCUAUCUCUUCUGGGCAGGAUCCUUCUGGUUCAUUUUUAGGAUGUUAGUCCACAGAGGAGCAAAUCCUUUAGUUCCUGAUUUUCUUGGAUAUUCACUGCUCCGAUUCGCUUUAGGUGUAAAUGAAGAUUAUGGACUAAACUUAGUCAAAUUUCUCGUGCAUUCGGGAGUAACUACCCAUCAGACUUGACAAACGUUUUCAGAAUGGUUGUCCACCCUCCUUAACGUCAUCUCCAACUCAAGCUGCUCUUUUAGCAAAAGAUGUCCAGGCCUUGAAGCUUUUGGUCGAAUCUGGUGCCAGUAGCAACAGGGAAUUGUUUGAGCUGAGUGAACAGUAUGAGAAACCAUUACAACUCGAAAAGACAAGAGUACAGACAGAA